AUGGCCGCCAAGAGUUUCGCUUCCCGCCUCCGAGGCUCCCGGCGAUUCCUGCGCGGCUUCGUGGUCGGGGCUGCCGUGGGCGCCGCCGCGGGAGCGGGGCUGACGGCCUGGCACCUCUCCCGGCGUCCGGAGGCCCAGGCAGCGGCGGCAGCGGGCGAGCCGAGCGGGGAUGCAGACAGAAAGCAUUGCAAAUUCCAGCCGGAUCCCAGGGUUCCCCCGGCCUUUAGCGCCCACAAUGAAGACUAUCUUGGAAGUGGCUGGUCUAGAGGCCAUAUGGCUCCAGCUGGAAAUAACAAAUUUUCAAGUAAAGCCAUGGCUGAAACCUUUUACCUUUCUAAUAUUGUGCCUCAGAAUUAUGAAAAUAAUUCUGGAUAUUGGAAUAGAAUAGAAAUGUAUUGCCGGGAACUGACAGAGCGCUUCGAGGAUGUGUGGGUAGUGUCUGGACCUCUGACCUUACCUGAGACUAGAAAUGAUGGCAAGAAGACUGUGAGUUACCAGGUGAUCGGCUCAGACAAUGUGGCCGUACCCUCGCAUCUUUACAAAGUGAUCCUGGCCCGGAGGAGCCCCGGGUCCCCCGAGCCCCUGGCCCUGGGGGCUUUUGUGGUGCCCAACGAAGCCAUCGGCUUCCAGCCCCCGCUGGUGGACUUCCAGGUGAGCCUGCGGGACCUCGAGGCGCUGUCGGGCCUAGUGUUUUUCCCCCGGGUGGACCGGACACGGGAGAUCCAGGAUCUCUGCUCCGUGGACAGCUGCAAACUCAUGGACUUCCAAGCCUUCACGCUGUACCUGAGCACCCGGAAGGUGGACAGCGCCCGCUCACUGCCCCGGCUGGAGAAGAUUCUGGAAAACCUGAAGGACGCGGGCAUCGAACCCGAUGCGUAUUUUAUGAGUCGCUACAUGAAAAAGCUUAAAGAACUGAUGGCUAAGGAGCAGCCAGGCACCCGGGUAGGGAAAUCUUCCUAGAUGAGUUGCUUUUGUAAGUUUUGGAUGUGUGUGCCCAGUACCAGAACUUGAACUCAGGGCCUGGCCACUCUCCCUUAGCUAUUUUCUUUUCUUUUUUUCUUUUG